AGUAUAUUCACUCAGCUGCUCUCACUGUGUCUCAUAUCUCUCCUGCAGACACUUAAAGACUCUGUCUUACACUCUGAGACACACACACACACACACACACACACACACACUUGUCUGAGCUGAGUUUAAGAGCAAAUAAGUCAAUAUUUGACCAGAGAGGACUGUACGGGAACAAAGAAAGAAGAAACUGAAGAAAGAAACUGGAAGUGCGUCCGUCUCUGUUUUUAAGGGGAACUUUGAACUUGGACACGAGGAUUCGAAGAAGUGUUUUUUCCCUAACAGGUGGAUACAAACUAACCUCCAAACUCUCGGAUCAAACAAAGCAGGAAAAAAAGGAAAUAGGUUUCUUAUUUGUUGCUGGACUUUUGGACUUGGACUGGGCGAGGACACAGUAAGAGGAAGGCGAUGGGGAGAUGGACGUUACAUCUCUCGGUGGGACUCGUGCUUCUAGCGGUCCUGCUGACCUGCUCUCGUGCUGAAGAUAGGUACUGCUUUGCCUCCAGGGCCAAGACCUGCUCAGAAUGUCUGCAGGCUGGGGUAGGCUGCGCCUACUGCUCCGAAGAGACCUAUAAUGGCCCUCGCUGUGAUCUGCACGAGAAUAUAGUUAGCCAUGGCUGCAAGGCUGCAAGUAUCAUUACAGCUCGAAGCAGCCAGGAGAUCCUGGAAGAACGACGAAUCAACGUUAAUCUGCAGCAGUCUCAGGUGUCGCCACAAAACGUCAUGAUGACCUUCCUGCCAGGAGAGGAGAGAAACUUGAACGUGGAGGUGUUUGCCCCAGAGAAAGGCCCUCUGGAUCUGUACAUUCUUAUGGACUUCUCAAAUUCCAUGGUGGACGAUUUGAACAACUUGAAGAAAAUGGGGAAUGAGCUGGCUUCACUGGUGGAGCACCUGUCAAAUGACUACACUAUUGGAUUUGGAGAGUUUGUGGACAAAGUCAUAGAGCCCCAGACCGACAUGAGGCCCUCCAAACUUAAACAGCCAUGGCCCGACAGCGACCCUCCGUUCUCUUUCAAAAAUGUCAUCAAGCUGACCAGCGACUUGAAAGAAUUCACAGAGAAGCUUCAGAAGGAGCAAAUAUCUGGCAACCUGGAUGCUCCUGAGGGAGGCUUCGAUGCCAUAUUACAGGCUGCAGUGUGUGGGGAUAAAAUUGGCUGGCGCAAAGACAGCACGCAUCUCCUGGUUUUCUCCACUGAGUCAGCCUUCCACUAUGAAGUUGACGGCACUAAUGUGCUGUCAGGCAUCCUAUCACGGAACGAUGAGAAAUGCUACCUCAAUGCAAGCGGUUUUUACACAAAGGCCGAGGAGCAGGAUUACCCUUCAAUACCAACACUGGUCCGUCUGCUGGGAAAACACAACAUCAUCCCCAUCUUUGCUGUCACUGACCACUCCUACACAUACUACCAGAAACUCAAAGAGUAUUUCCCCAUUGCUGAGAUUGGUCUGCUGCAAGAAGACUCAUCCAACAUCCUGCAGAUCAUGGAGACCGCCUUCAAGAAUAUCCGUGCUAAGAUGAGCAUCCGUGCAGAGGAUAGACCCAAGGCUUUCGAGGCUAAGUUCAUGAACCUAAAUGGACAAGCUGCACAGUAUGGGGACUUUAAUUUCCAGCCUGGACAAAUUGGCAAGUUCAUGACGCGGCUCAAAGCUCAACGGAUGAUUGAUGAAGAGCAUGUCUGUAAAAUGAGACCAGAUGAAAAAGGGGGAGUACUGAGAGUCAAACCGACCACAUUUAGCAAUGGUGUCAGGGUUAAUGCCACAAUUUUGUGUCCAACCUGCGAUUGUGAGAAGACGGUCAUCCGUAACGCACCUAGGUGCUACAACAAAGGAGAUCUGGUGUGUGGGAAGUGUCAGUGCCAUAAAGGCUGGGUGGGUCCUUUCUGUAAUUGUUCAGGGAGCGCGUCAGCAGCAGACACCAACCAGUGCAAAGCUCCAGGCAUGGAUGAACCUUGUUCAGGACGUGGAGAAUGUCAGGAGUGUGGAACCUGCAUAUGCUACAACCCAAAUCAGUUUGAAGGACCCUACUGCGAGUAUGACAAGACCCAGUGUAAUAGACAUGGAGGUUUCCUCUGCAAUGACCGCGGCUCCUGUGUUAUGGGUCGGUGUGCGUGCACUGCGGGCUGGACAGGCAAUGCCUGUGAAUGCCCCACGAGCAACCAGACCUGUCUGGACAGCAAGGGGGUUAUCUGCGGUGGGCGAGGUAAAUGUGUGUGCGGCUGGUGUGAAUGUCAAGACUCUGGCAUAGAGAUGACUUCAUCCUGUGAGCCAAAUUUCCAGGCUCAUUUUGGUGCGUGCGAGGCUACGAGGAGCUGUGUCCAGUGUCAGGCGUGGAAGACAGGAGAAAAGAAGGAAAAAGAGAGGUGUGACGAGUGUCCGUUCACAGUCAUCAUGGUGGAUGAACUGAAAAAAGAGGAGGAAGUGUCUGAGUCCUGCAGUUUCCGUGAUGAGGACGAUGACUGUACGUACUACUACACUGUUACCAACCCAGGUCCAUUAAGGAACCAUUUGGAGGUUCAGGUGCUCAAAAAGAAGGAGUGUCCCCCUGCGAGUCUCCUGUGGUUGCUUCCUUUCAUCUUGUUCCUCUUGUUGCUGUUGGGGCUUCUGCUGCUCUGCUGCUGGAAAUACUGCGCCUGCUGCAAGACCUGCUUUCAGAGCUGCCUUGCUCUGCUGCCUUGCUGUAGGAGAGGUCGCAUGGUCGGAUUCAAGGAAGAUGAGUAUUUGUUCCGUCAGUCUCUGCUCACCUCAGACCAUCUGGACACACCGAUGGUGAGGACCGGUCCACCCAAAGGAACCGAUGUGGUUCGCUGGAAGGUCACAGACAACGUCCACCGUGGACUCAGUCACCCCCAGGCUCUGAUAAAGCCAAACCCGAAAGAGACCAUCCCAUUCCCGAUCUCACUCCGAUUGAACAGGCUCUUCUCUGAGAGCCUAACUCACCCAGAUUCCAGAGAGGCUGAACAGCUGCGCAAGGAAGUUACUGAUAAUCUAAAUGAGGUGUACAAGCAGAUUCCUGGGGCACAGAAGGUGCAAAAGCCCUCAUUCAGAAUGCAGAGAAAUGCCGGAAAAAGGCAGGACUACACCAUUAUGGACACCGCCUUGUCUGCUCCUCGUAGCAGCUACCCAGAUAUCGUCAAACUCACUGAAAAGAACGUCCAGUCUGGAAACUUCCAUGACCUGAAAGUGGUUCCAGGCUACUACACAGUAGCCACAGACAGAGAGGCUGCUGGAGCCAUCGAGUUCCAAGAAGGCGUGGAGUCAGUAGACGUUCACGUGCCGCUCUUCGUCAAAGAUGAAGACGACGACAAGAAGCAGCUGCAGGUUGAGGCUGUCGAUGUGCCUCUGGGCAUUGCAGAGAUCGGCAAACGUUUGGUUAACAUCACCAUCAUCAAAGAGCACGCCACCAAUAUCUUUUCAUUCCUCCAGCCAGCUUACACCUACAGCAGGAAGGACGGAGUGGCCAACAUCCCAAUCAGCAGAGAGAUCAUUGAGGAUGGACGCACACAAGUCACAUACCGCACAAGAGACCUCACUGCCAAGGAUAAGAAGGACUAUGUGACUGUAGAAGGAGACCUGACCUAUGGUCCUGGUGAGACUCAGAAGAUAGUUCCUGUUCGUCUGUUGGAGCUGAAUGAGAAAGAUGGUCUACUGGAAGACAAACAGGUCAAGCAGUUUGUCAUGGACCUCAGUAACCCAAGGCAGGGUGCCAAGCUGGGACGCUACCCGAGAACCACCGUCACCAUCACAGACCUACCAGAACCCAGUGCGUUAAUGUUCAAGAAGGACUUCCAGAACUUCACUACAUCAGAUCCAUCCUACACCAUCCCAGUGGUUCGCACUCGCAACCCCGACAGCCCUGCCACAGUGAAAUGGCGGACCAAGAAGGCCCAGCGCUUUGAGUUAUCUGGCCCUCUAAAAUUUGCUCCUGGAGAGACAGAAAAGAACAUUGUGAUUGAUCCGAAAGCCUACCCCAGCCCGAUCCAGCCUGAGACCUUCCAGCUUGAGCUGUUUGACCCAAGUAGCAAUGCUUCUAUUGGAGAUAGGAAGACCACGGUUGUCAAUGUCACAGAUGGAGUUCCAAGAUCUCCAGAAAUAGCCCAGAUGGCACAGAUGGGUUUCAUAAACAGGAAAGCGGCCUCACCCGGUGGUCACCUCCUCUCCCCAGAAAACCCUAAGGCCGUAGCAACUGGUCCCAGAAGCAUCCGGCUCAACUGGGAGCCCCCGCCUGGUAACCCCAUGGGGUACAAGGUGAAGUAUUGGAUCUAUGGUGACCCAGAGAAAGAUGCCCAGGUCUUAGAUGUGAAGACUCCACAUGCUGACUUGACCAACCUGUACCCCUACUGUGACUACGAGAUGCGAGUGUGCGCCUACAAUGCAGUGGGAGAUGGCUACAAUACUGAUGUCAUUCCUUGUCAAACACUGGAGGAUGUGCCCGGAGAACCUGGUCGUUUAGCCUUCAACGUCAUCAGUCCGACUGUCACUCAGCUCAGCUGGGCAGAGCCUGCUGAGACCAAUGGCAACAUUACAGCUUAUGAGGUCGUCUACACACCCAUCGAUGAUGAUAUGAAACCAGUGGGACCAGCUAAGAAAGUGAAGAUCGACAACCCCAAAAAGCGAAUGCUGUUGAUCGAGAACCUCCAGAACGCACAAACCUAUCAGUACAAGGUCCGUGCCAAGAACAGCGUGGGCUGGGGCCCCUUCAGAGAUGCAACCAUCAAUUUGGCAUCACAGCCUGCCAGACCUCUGUCCAUUCCCAUCAUUCCAGAUGUCCCUAUUGUAGAUGCCGAGGCAGGAGAUGAGUAUGACGGCUACCUGAUGUACAGCAAUGAGGUGCUGAAGUCACCUGUAGGCUCCAAGACACCCAGUGUCUCUGGUGAGGAUUAUAUGGGCAAUUCGAAGUGGGACCAGACCUUCCUUUUCCCAGGAGGAUCAGGCACACGCAACCUCUCUGCAUCGUCCUCUCCAAUGUCCACUCUGAGCUCAAACUACAGAGGGGCAGGCGGCUCCUUUACCACAGAAACAACCACCACCUACUUGUCUGGGCCAGGAGGCUCUCGUAGACAGGAUGUGAUCGGAGGAGGAGUCCACACAUCCGAAGUUAUCAUGAGGAAGCGUUCGGAGAACAGAGGUUACACGGAUGAAAACAUCCGCGACUCUAUCGUCAUGGGAGAUCAGUUAAGCAAAUUCCAAGAUCUCGGUGGGUUCGGCUACACUGGGAUGCAGAGCAGCUCUCAGAGUCACUUCGGCUACAGCCUGUCUCAAGGCCCGAGGGCCAGGACUCAGUCUUCAGAAGUCAGUGAUGCCCUAUAUAGUCUGGACAGGGUUCUCCAGGAUGCCCGACUCCCCCCUGGCAUUCCAGACACCCCGAGCAGACUGGUGUUUUCUGCUCUGGGACCAACAGCCCUCAAAGUCAGCUGGCAGGAGCCCCACUGUGAGAAAAACAUCUUGGGCUACUGUGUCCUCUACCAGCUUCUCAAUGGAGGUGAGAUGAAGCGCAUCAAUGUGACAAACCCAGCAGAGAACUCUGUGAUCAUCCAGGACCUGCUGCCAAAUCACUCCUACCUGUUUAAGGUGAAGGCUCAGAGUCAGGAGGGCUGGGGUCCAGAAAGAGAGGGCGUCAUCACCAUCGAGUCCGCUGUGGACCCCAAGAGCCCCCUCAGCCCCAUGCCAGGCUCACCUUUCACUCUAAGCACUCCCAGUGCUCCAGGCCCUCUGGUGUUCACAGCUCUGAGUCCUGAUUCCCUGCAGCUCAGCUGGGAGAAACCACGUAAGCCCAACGGAGACAUCCUGGGAUAUAUAAUCACCUGUGAACAGCUGCACGGUGGAGGUGAUAUGCGUUCCUUCCAGGUGAACGGCGACGGUGCUGAGACCAGUCUGACCGUUCCAAACCUGAGUGAGAACGUCCCGUACAAGUUUAAGGUCCAGGCUCGAACCACACAGGGCUUCGGUCCCGAGAGGGAGGGCAUCAUCACCAUCGAAUCUCAGGACGGAAGUGCUUUGUCCCAGCAUAGCAGCCAAUCAAUGACCCGGCGGGAGGUUUUCCACCUGCCAACAGAAGUCAGCACACGAACCAACAUCUCCCACACCAUGCUCGACGACCCCUUCUUCUCAGAUGGGAUGAUGAUGACUACGCAGCACACAGAGACUGGCAGCAUGGUGACUCGCCAGAUCACCAAGGAGGUGGUUCAGAGGGGCGUCAUGGGAGCAACUACUGUCACAAAGAAGAUGUUUUAUGAAUCUUAAAGGGCUUGUUUGACAAAUUGGCAUCCAGAUGUCUGACGUAAUGAGGAAUCACAUGUGAGAAUCUCUUUUAAAAAGAGUCGCCUUCGGAGUGCUGAAUGUUUUUGUAUAUGUGAGAGUGUGUGUGGCUUACACGCUGCAACCAAUUAAUAAUCAUUCCAUGUAGAAAUCAGCGGAGAGGAGGCCGUUUUUCCACGUCUGUUACAAACUGCUGUCAUCUUCUUCCAUAAGUUUGGUUUAUUUUAACAUUUCCAUACUUAUUAAAUAUCAAGCUACGUCUGCAAACUCACUUUGUGUUACACAUUUCCUGCUGACGAGCAAAAGUCCUGAUUUGGUAUUUCAUUUACUGUCACCACCGAAUUAAGUUGGUAUUUUUCAUGUUUAAUGGGGUUUUUUUCUCCCCAUGUAUUCAGCAUUGUAAGAUUUUAACAGUCAGAUAUAUGUACAGUGGCCCUGAGGUGCAAAACACUAGAAGAAAAUAAGAAAAAAAUUCACUUAGCGUAAAAAUAUUGGUAAUCAUUUUUUGGUUUUGAGUGGAAGAAUCCUGAAACAAUGGAAGAGACUGGAAUAAUAUUACACUUCAAACCCUGUAAGCAAGAAUCAAGACUGUGUGUAAAAGCUGCAGAAAUUUACAUCCAUGCCAGAGCUGCAUACUACGAAGAAGUAUUAGGCCCACAUUGAGGAAAAAAAAAAAUGAAAUUGUGCAUUUUGAGAAUAAAGUCAAAAAUCUGAAAAAAAGUCUAAAUGUGGAGAUUAAAGUUGUGGUUUCAAAUCAAACAACUGCCACGUCUGCUGUACCCUCUCCAAACUGUCUUAUGUUAUGAGUUAGUGAAACUAUAGUUUAGAAUUGGUUUUAGUAACAAGGAAAUUAUUUCUGUUUUAGCACAAACACGAUGUAGUGAUUAAAUAUGAGGACAUUAAAGAGAUGGUGCACAAAGCUGCAUCUGCUCGGAAGGAAAAAACACAAACUGGCAACGGACAGAUGCGAGGACAUCGAUGGCCGCACCCUCGCGCAGUACAGAGGGGACGUGUAAAAUCAUAAGACACAAUAAGACACAAUAAGACAGCUGAUCGAGUCGUUUCAUCUAGCCAAGGCAUCUUGUAGAGGGUACAGCAGCCGCGGCCGUUAUUUGACUUCAAAUGAUGACUUAAAUCUCAAAAUACUUUUUCUUGAAAUUUUGACUUUAUUCUCAAAAUGCAAAAUUUAUAAUUUUUUUCUCAAUGUGGCCCUAAUACUCCUUCAUAACAUACCCACAAGGGAACAUGAACAGUUUAAGAGGAGAUGUUUCUAAGUUACACCUUGUAAACAAUAAAAUAGGAAUCUUACAGUCUAUUGUUUAUGAACGGCUAACUCUGAAUGUACUUUGUGAACUGUUUUAUUUUUUUGUGUUUGGCACCUCUGGGCCCCCGUACAUAUUGGAGAAAAUGUGUGUAAAGACAGAAAGAUUGUAUUUGCUUCUACUGCACGUCCUACUGUUUGGCUUCAUAUUCUGUUUGAAAAUGCUUUUGUAACUCCUCAGUAGGGAAAUGGAUAAGUGGAUGAACUUUUCACCAAAAACACAUAAAGCGUUCCUGUCCUUCUGAUCAAUAUGUAUCACUUUUCAACAGUUGAGUUUUUAUUUUUAUUAAAAUUUUCAUACACCAAUUUUAUUGCACAUAAUAAAGAUAUGAAAUAAACCUUU